AUAUUCAGAUAGAGGACACACUUCAGGUCCUUCACAUGUGUGAACUGAGCAUAAAAAACCGACACAUGGUCCCUGAUCGAUAUUUUAUUCUUAACGGUGUAAAUAAGUUAUAAUGAACUUCACUGACUGAGGACUUUACUUGUUGAUGAUCUUCAGGUCACAUGACUCAAGACGUCCACGGGAGGAGAUGAUCUGCAGCAUCCUGGUGAUCUUCAUCCUGACCUCCUGUGUCUGUGCAGGGUCAUUUGUAGUGAAUGUGACACAGAGCUGGUAUCAUGCAGAGGAGAACCACAACAUCUCACUGGAAUGGAUGUUCCCCACCAGCACGGACCACUCCACCAACUCCCUCUAUGUCUCCUGUGAGAUGUUAGCUGAUGAGAAAUGCGUCCUGUUGAGUCUAUAUGAAGGUGUCGAGCUCUCAGAGUUUCAGGAUAAACGCUUUGCAGGACGAUUCCAGUGGGACAAAGACGUCCUCAGAGAAGGACGACUCAGACUUCACAUCUCCAGACUCCAGACUAAUGACUCUGGGCUGUACUGGUGUGAAGUGUCGUCAGGUAAUGAGAGGAACUCAAAGAAAUGUCACCUCAAUGUCACUGCAGUGAAGGAUCGACCUGAACCUGAGAGAACCAGUGACACCAGUCUGAGAGGAAGGAUCGGUCUCUACUGUGUACUGGUACUGGUACUGACAGCUCUGCUUUGUUUCUGUCUGUGUUGCACAAACCGAUUCAUGAUCAGCAGAAGAAACGAUCCUCUUUACAAAGUAUAGACUAGUUAUUUAUUUAUAGUUUGAGCUGAUCUGACAGGUGGAGACACUAAGUUGGUUUUCCCUUCCCCCUCAAAAAGAAGCUCUCGUCCUCAUGGAUCCCCUCGACGAAGCACUGAUAUUAUCUGGAUCAGUUGAUCUGCCGUUGUACUGUUGAUCAAGUCUUCCCCCUUAUGAAGUAGGACAGGAUCAAUGAUCCUGAUCACUGAAGCCUGGUUCAAAUUAACAGGAUUGUUUGAGUGCAGAUCAGCAGGUGAGGAACCGAGAGCCAGACUUCCAUCAUCUGGUUCCUCUCAGCUGGCUGAUAGAAAACUUUUAGAGAAACGGGGCUCAGAGUUCUGAUCCGCAUCAAAUGAAACAUCAUCCACAGCACGUACUUAGUGAUUCAUCUCUAAAUGUUUGCAUCAAGGUCCGACUGCUGCUAAACACAAAGUAUUGUUGUCCUCAAUGAACACGUUUUUAAUGUUCUAUGUAACAUUCGUAUAUUUCUACACUUGUUUGUUGGACUGGAGAGAAACGUUCUUUCAACUUCAGUGUAUUUUUGGUGCAUUGGAAUUUAUAUUACGCUAACUAUGCACUUUUUAAUGUAUGUUAAUGAUGACAUCUGUGUACAAGUCUUUAACUUCUUUAUGCUCUUUUCUUUUCCAUAAGCCAAUCAAACCUUUGUUUACACAACUUUUAAUGUGUGAACAAAAUUGUGUUUCAUGUUUUUAGUGUAAAACUCAUUGUUUGAUUGCCUUUCAGUACUGUAAAAACCGCUGUACAACUAAAAUAUAUUUUUACCUACAGUGCACAUUCACUAAAAGAUCAACACAACACAUUAAUAACUUGUUACCAAAAAACUUGCAUUAUGUUUUCAACCACUCAGGUAUUGUUGUUUUUAUUCAUGAAAUAAAAAGUGUCUC